AUGUCUCUCGAUGUUGCUCUGCAGUCUGUCGCCUUUUAUGUCCUUUCCUGCAGCACUUGUGCCAAGAUCAACCAUCGACGCAAAGCGAAGAUACAAGCGAAGAAAGAGAGGGCCGAGAAACAUGAAUUAGAGACUGAACAGCCGGGACUGUACCGGCAUCCAUCGCCAUUUUCUACAAAUCCGUAUUGGACGGAGGAAAUCAUGAUGGGCCCAGGGCCUCCGAAACAGAAGGAUAAGAAUGGGAGCAAGAAUGCAAGCCAGAGGGCUCUCAACACAGCGGGGCAGGGAAGCAGUUAUGCUGGGAGCAGUGCAAUGAGUUCGGAGCCCCCAAGCAGUCCUACAGCCGGUACAGAGGGAACCCGUAUUUCCGGCGAUGGCUGGAAUAGGAAACGAUAUCAAAGAGAAGACGAAGCACUAUGGGGCCACGAUGUUCCAGGACCAGGACAGAGAAUUAUCGAUGCCAUUGCGAAGGCUGGCUCACAAGCUGGCCGUCUGCUAGAGGGUCGAUUAAGCAAAAGUGGUCCUGGGAAGGAAGAGCAAAAUCCCGGGACGUAUUACCUAGCGAGGAAUCCUCCUGUGAAUGAUUUACACCCACCCGUGGUGAGCACUGCGCCCUCCAGUAGGGAUGAGACAAGAUGGAUGCUUCAACCUCCGCCUCCAGCAAAAAUAAUGGAAGGCAAAGAGAGAGUAAAUAGGAGUCGCGCCGGCAGCGACCUAAGCCGGAAGGGCGGGGAAGGGACUCCACUGAGUCGGCAAGUCACUGAAAGACUUGUGGAUGCAAAGUUGCAACGAGGAGAAACUCCAACGUUUCUUGAAGUACGCUCGUCAACGUCAAGAGCCGAAUCUAGAUCAAAAACACCAAUGUCAAGCCGUCCCAAAGCACCAAGAGAUACCGGCAGCAGAAGCUCGAGUUUGGAGUCCUCUGGGUCAGAAGUACCCAGAAGGAAACGAAAACCGCCACCGAUUUCAGUAUCGACGUCAGCAAGAAGCUCCAGAGAUACUAUCGAACACGUCCCUGUCCCCUCGACUCCUCCGACCGCGUCGUCGAUCAGGACUGAACAACCCAACAGGCCAGUGCUCACGACGAUUUUCGGCUCUUCAAAUGUAGUUCCUCAGUCCGCCGAUGGAGGAGAUAAUUUUCCCGCCCUUCGCGAACUGUCGGCUCCUUCUACAAAUAACGCGAAUGCUCGGGCUCCUUCGCCCUCUCAUAGGCUCACACCAAACGCAAAUGCAAUGCCUGCAUCGAUUCCAAGCGUUGACCCCAAGUUUCCUGGCCUAGCAACGAACAAAUUUCCUCCACCUACGGCAACCGAAAACGCAGGCCUUGUUGAUCCCACGUCUUGA